CUCUCCCCGAGCGGUUCCCCUUUUAAAUCCUUCCCGUUUCUCUGCUCUGCUCUGCUCUGUUUCGCCAUGGCUUGCAGAGGGAGUUGAUCGAGAUGGAGUCGAAGAAGGGUAAGCUCAUUCGCACGCAGUCGUCCCUCCUUCGGUCCCCCGUCGCCCGAUCCUCCAUCCAGAGCAUCUUCUCCGUGACCGAGGCCAACGACGAUGAGGAGAAGCCCCAACGCCCCCGCCGCCGGCGGAAUCGCCACCGCCACCACCUGCUGCUCCUUCUCCCUCUCCUAGUAUUUCUCCUCUUCUUUUACCUCAGGCUGGACUCCCCUGUCUUCGCAAACCUCCUCCUCUUCGCCGCCCUCAUCUCGCUCGCCUCCCUCGCCGCCCGCCGCUCCCGCGUCUUCGUCACCCGCCGCGCCUCCUCCGUGGACUGGUUCAUCGGCGACGACGACGGCCGUGGCCGCCACCGGUCCGAGAAGAAGGAAAACCCCAACGGAAGGGCCGUCCGCGAGGGGGUGGAGGUCUACAGCAACGGGGACUCCUACGAAGGCGAGUUCCACCUGGGCCGGUGCAGCGGCAGCGGCGUGUACCGCUUCUUCGCCGCCAAGGGGAGGUACGAGGGCGAUUGGGUUGAUGGUAAGUACGACGGCCACGGGAUCGAGACCUGGGCACGGGGGAGCCGGUACCGGGGGCAGUACCGCCACGGCCUCCGCCACGGGUUUGGGGUUUACCGGUUCUACAGCGGGGACAGCUACGCCGGGGAGUGGGCCGGCGGUCAGAGCCACGGGGUCGGCGUGCAGACGUGCUCCGACGGUAGCCGCUACGCCGGGGAGUUCAAGGCCGGCGUCAAGCACGGCCUUGGCUGUUACCAUUUCAGGAAUGGUGACCAGUAUUCUGGAGAGUAUUUUGGUGACAAAAUACAUGGUUUUGGAGUAUAUCACUUUGCUAAUGGUCACUGCUAUGAAGGUUCAUGGCAUGAGGGCAAGAAACAAGGUUUUGGAUUAUACACAUUCCGGAGUGGUGAGACAAGAUCAGGAAACUGGGACUGUGGAGUCCUAAACAACUCUCUCCCCCCAUCCGACCCUGCUGUCCAGGGAGCUGUUCAAGCGGCUCGGAAGGCUGCGGGGAAAGCUGUUCUUAUUCCGCAGGUCGAUGAUCAAGUAACCAGGGCAGCAACUGCUGCAAAUAGAGCAGCCACUGCAGCUCGAGUCGCUGCUAUCAAAGCUGUGCAGAACCAGAUGCAUGGCAAGCUCUGUGACACUGAUGUUUAAGUUCCAGCUUUUACACAAAUUGUACAUUUAGCUACUAGACUGCCGGUGCCCAAGUUAGCGACCGGGUAGGGAAUCACCCACCUGAGUCGGAAACUAAGAGAGAAGCUUACAACAUCAGACAUUUGGUGUCACAUGUAAACACCAUGCUCUGCUCACAAAUGAGAGAUGUACAUAACUCCUCAUGUAUAUGAUCUGAAUUUGAGUUCACAGAGUAAUUUCAAGUAUCAUGUUCUCACA